CCCUUAUCCAUUGAAAUUUUCUACAACCCAACCUCUCUUAUCUUCAAUGGCGUCUAUGUCUCCCCCGAUCUUCCCUUCCUCCGCUCGCAGCUCUGAUGCAACUCCUCACAAACUCACCUACGCAACCCCUAACUUCAGCACCACCUCCCGAUUGAACCGACGAUCAAACUAUUCAUCCACUCGAUUCGCUCAAUCUCUAUCUAGGGUUUCGGAUUCUUCGACUUUCUGUCGAUGUCAAAAGAACAACGAUAUGGGCAACAGCAACAGCAGCAGCAGGGACGACGAAAGCCCUGGCCGAUGGGAUUCGGGGUUUCAAGAGAAUGUUAGGAAUAUGAUCAAGUGGUUCGAUGAUUACAUGGAUGGAUAUCGUAAGACUCAUCUGGAAAACAUCAAAAUGAAGAAGGAUGAUUCUGGUGGUGAUGGUGUGAAGAAAGAAGCUGAGGUGGUGAUGGAUAGUGAUGGUGAUGAAGAUUGGGAUUGGGAACGGUGGAAGAAGCAUUUCACGGAGGUUGAUGAGCAGGAACGUAUUGUUUCUAUCUUGCAGUCGCAACUAAACCGUGCCGUUGUUAAAGAGGACUACGAAGAUGCUGCCAGGAUUAAGGUGUCAAUUGCUGCAGCUGCUACUAAUGACACUGUUGGCAGGGUGAUGUGUCGCCUGAAUAAAGCCAUAAAGGAAGAGCAUUACAAGGAUGCAACAUUUGUACGAGAUUAUGCUAGUGCAGGUUUGGUGGGGUGGUGGGCUGGAUUCUCAGAUGAUAGCAAAGACCCAUAUGGUCGUAUUAUCUGUAUAAGUGCAGAACAUGGAAGGUAUCUUGCAAGAAGUUAUAGCCCCAGGCAGCUUGCCAAGGCUGCAGAUGGUUCCCCUUUGUUUGAGGUUUUUAUUACAAUGAACGAGAAAGGAGAAUACAAACAUCAGGCUGUAUACUUGAAGCGGAGCGAGGUUCCUACAGAUUUUCCAAUUGCUUCCUCCAAGUUGUCAGAUCUUAUUAGUAGCGUCAAUCCACUGGACUCCAUCGGUGACAAAGGUGAUUUAUUUGCAAAAGAUAGUGAAGAUACAGAGGAUGUUGAAGAUGAGGAUGAUAGUUCUGAUAUGGCUGAGGAAUAUGGUUUUGAGAAUAUCAUGCGAGAUAUGAUUCCUGGUGCAAAAGACCUGAAAAUCAAGGUGAUGAAUUUGAUACCACCAGGAAAAAUAGACAGGGAUUUAAUAUCAAAGGUGGUUGAACAAAUAAUGGAGGAAGAUGAAGAUGAUGAAGAUGAUGAAGAAGAGAAUGAUAAAGAGUUGGAGAACAUGAAUGAAGUCACAGAUGGAACUGAUGUGGUGCAAAUUGAUAUUGAUUUCGAUGGUGCUGAUACAAUAAUCGAUGGUGAAGGUAAUGGUCAAAUUGCAGUUAAGGUCGUAGUUGGUGAUCUGGUACAGAAAGUUUCCAAUGACACAUCUCAUAAAGAUUUGAUUCGAGUACCGGCAAAGCUAGAAAAGAAAAGCCACUCGUCAUUCACUUUCUCUAUAGAGAAAGAAAAACAACAGGUUUCUUCUGGCAGUGCACAAUCUCCGAGGCACGGUGAUGCUAGACUUGGAGGUAAUCGUAGAAUAGACAGUGUUAUGCUUGAUCUUGCCAAGUCCAUUGGAAGAGGGAAGAUACCCAUGAAGGUGCUUAAAGAUGUAAACCAGUUGAUAAAUCUCACCCUUAAUCAGGCUCAAAGUCGUCAGCCUCUGUCUGGAUCUACAACAUUCAACCGAAUCGAGCUUCCAUCAUCAGGAGAUCCUUUAAAUGGACUGUAUGUUGGUGCACAUGGGAUUUACACUUCCGAGGUCAUUCAACUAAAGCGUAAAUUUGGUCAGUGGCAAGAGGAUGGUAGCAUGAAAGAGUUCUCAAAUCUUGAGUUUUAUGAGUAUGUAGAAGCAGUCAAGAUUACUGGGGACCCUUAUGUUCCAGCUGGUCAGAUAGCAUUCCGUGCAAAAAUUGGAACAAAGUAUCAGCUUCCUCAUAGAGGGAUCAUCCCAGAAGAAUUUGGAGUGAUUGCUCGAUAUCGAGGACAAGGGAGGCUUGCUGAUCCAGGAUUUCAAAAUCCUCGAUGGGUGGAUGGUGAACUUGUUAUUCUAGAUGGAAAGUACAUCAAUGGAGGUCCUGUUGUAGGCUUUGUAUACUGGGACUCUGAGUACCAUUUCUUGGUGUUCUUUAAUCAGUUAAGGCUGCAGGGGUAGAUUCUCUUUGUACAUGAAGUUUCACAAAUCAUUUUUCUACCUGAUUUAGAUUUUGUAGUGUCAGAUGACUUGUGUUUCCAUCGAGUCCUAAGAGUGGAGCAGGAAAGUGUAUACCCCUUGCUUUUAAACUACAUAGUCCACCGUCACUCAACUGACAAAUGUAAUUAUGAUCUUUCUGAAGCAUUAGUGCAUGCGACGUAAGUAGGGUAACCUUGAGGUAGAGUCGAUUUUGGGUGGCUACCAAAGUUCCAUGAUCUAGGAUUGUUCGGCCUCUUGGUGCUCUUUAUCAGUGAUAUCGACACCUCAUUUGCUGUAUGUAUAGUAAUUGCUGUAUGCCAAAUCUAAAUUAACUGGUCGUCAUAGAUUUGAAUAAAGUCGUGCAUAGAACGCUGAAAUCUUUGCUGCA